AUGGCUGCCGUGUUUAAUGCUAAAAGAUAUUUUAGAUCAGAGUGUAGAGAUGGAGCAAAUAAUUCAGUAAAUAAUGCAAGUUUUUCAAAUUCUGCUUCAUCAAACAAUAAAUCAGGGAAUUCAUCAUCUUCUACAGAAUCUACAGCUGAUGGAGAUGAACAAGAAGAUCCAUCUUCUUCUUCUUCUCCACUUAAAUCCGAAUUGAAGAUUCAUAAGGAUGUGGAAAAUGAAUUGUCAAACUUUAGACAAUUGUGGCAAAAAGAUAUUUCUGCCAAUUGUAACCAAGUUAAAAAUGAUAUCCCUGUUGUUUCUCCUCUUCCUAAAAAAGAAAACAUCAAAUCGGAAAAAGAAGAUGAAGACGAAAUUGAAAUUGUCGCCAAGAAAUGGUUUCUCGAAGGUGUUGAACACGAAAAGAGCGGUCGAUUGAUUGAAGCCAUUCGACAUUACAAAAAAGCAGUUCAGUUAGUGCCUGAUAUUGAAUUCAAAUUAUGCGACUAUUUGGGAAAGCAAAAAGAAGUCAACGAAUGGGAAACACUCGAAGAAGAAACACACAGCAAUAUUCAAUCGAAUAAUGAAUUUGAAACUGAUGAUGAAGGAAACGAAGAAGAUUUGGAGGAUGAAAAUGGAAAAUUGGAUUUGAUGACCAAGUUGCAAAGGUUUAUUGCAAAAACGAAAGCCAUUUGCAGGCCUGCAAAAGAACAGAAAACGACUCACAUAUCUUCCCUUCCUAUAGAAAUAAUUUUUUACAUUUUGAGAUGGGUUGUUUCAUGCGAUUUAGAUUUAAGAUCUCUUGAAAUGUUUUCAAUGGUUUGCAGAGGUUUCUACGUGUGCAGUCGAGAUCCGGAAAUAUGGCGUCUCGCUUGUCUCAAAGUCUGGGGAGUGAAUUGUGGACAUUUGAAAAACUACGAUUCCUGGAGAACCAUGUUUUUAAAAAGGCCACAUUUGAAUUACAACGGUUGCUACAUAAGUAAAACAACUUACAUAAGACACGGGGAAACGAGUUUUCAGGAUCAAUUUUACAGGCCCUGGCACGUGGUGGAAUAUUACAGGUAUUUUAGAUUUUUCCCGGAGGGUAUCGUUUACAUGUUGACGACUCCGGAUCAACCCGCUCCGGUCACUUGCAUACUCAAAGGAAGAGAAAAUCGUCAUCCGUCACUUUUAACCGGUCAUUAUCGUUUGCAAGACGACCGAGUUUUCAUUAUUCUACAAAGAGAAGAUUUGAUAAAUCACAGGUAUAGGAAAAGGAAAAACAACAUACCCAUGGAUUUAAUCGAGCAAACUUUUCACAUUGAAUUGCAAGUGGUGAGUCGUAAAAAUCGCAUCAACAAUUGUUUAAUAUGGAAAAGAUAUUGCGUGACGAGUUUAAGGGGGACCACGGAAACGAAAACGAGUUUCGAAGUUAUGAGUAAUAAAUUUCCUUGUCUAUGGUUUUCCAGAGUCAAAAGCUACACAACGGAAUCGGAAAAACCUCUCAUAUGA